UGAACGUGAAAGGAUUUCCUGGCUUAGGCAAAAGUAAUACAAUAUUCCAGUUUUUCAAUCGAUUUUUUAUCGGUGUAGAAGCAUUAAUCUUAAUAUUUACCGAAAUCGGAUGGCCACGUCGGAUUUUCCAUUGGUUUCCAAUGUUGGAUGAAACUCAUACUUGGACUUUCUUUGGUCUUUUACAAACUGCAAUGGGUUCACUUAUCCUUGGAUAUGAUAGUGGGAUAGGAAGUCAAAAGUUUUUGGGUCAAAGCUUAUUCCUUUUCAUUGUGGUACCCGGUUGGUUUGUAUUCAUUAUUGGAAUUAUUUAUAUGUUUUGUGGAGCCUUUGGUGGCGUUUCUUUGAGAUCUCGGAGAUCGUUUGGUAAAUCUGAAAAAUCUCGUCCUCCCCCAUACAACUUGUAG